AUUUUUAACAAUGCGACCGAUUUUCGAAAGAAAUGAAAUUUACAUUUUGUCGCUGUUUAGUUUUUUUAAGGGAUGAAAUUGAGUUCGUAAAAUUCGUUAAGAUACUGAAUGAACAUGACAAGUUGUCAACAACUCCCGAUCCUACCCGUUUAUAUUUUCUGUGACAAGGAGACCAGAUACGAGUGUAAUUUCUCCUUAGAUCUGAAGAGACAUGAAAUAAUCCUCCAAAUCAUUCAAAGUAAAAGAUCGCCAUCUGUAUAAUCCAACCGAUUUCCUAAAAAAUGUGGCAGUGGUGAUGUUGAAUUAUUGAAACCAUGCUUUGAUAUCUGUUAAAAACUUUUUUCAUUUUGAAACUUGAAGGUUUGAUUGUGGUAUCGAAUUUAAUUAUCAUUCCUCGAUCGAACAUGUUUUCAUCAUUCUAUCGAGUUUUAUGUCAGACUGGUGAUAAGAUAGUUUAUCCGCGGUUGCCAUCAUUUGCUAAAGAAUUCUGGAAUCAUGAAGCAGGUCCUAAAACGAUAUUUUUUUGGGCACCAACCUUUAAAUGGUGUUUGGUGCUAGCUGGAUUGGCUGAUUUACAAAGGCCUGCCGAGAAACUUAGCAUUUAUCAGAACACAGCACUCUGUAUGACCGGAUUAAUAUGGAUGCGUUAUAGUUUCUCCAUUCGACCAAUUAAUUACAAUUUAGCGAGUGUUAAUUUUUUUGUCAGUACUAUUGGCUUAUACCAAUUAUCGAGGAAAUUUAAAUAUGAUAUGUCGCAGAAACAAUUACCAGGACAAAUUCAAUCACAGUGUACCGAUUAAAUACAAAAUAGAGAGAUAGUGUGCUUCAAUAGGAUACAUUACCGCAUAAUGUGCUUCAACAGGGAACGUCACGUCAUUACCGCAUAGCAGUUAUUGUAUAUAAAUUUUAAUAUUUGAGAUAUUUAAUAUUUGGAUAUUUCUUGAUUUUUUUUCCAAUUUUUAUGUUUAAUCUAUUAAUGACCGGUGAAAAAAGAGAGACAGGUUUAGAUGUCACAAUUGAUUUAAAUCU